AGUAUUUUCUCGUACUAUCACCGUCCUGUUCCACCGUUAUGUUUUGUCAUCUCUCACAGCUUCCUCCGUGAUCGUUUCUGCCCCAAGGGGAAUCAUUCGUUCAUAUCAAAUUCACGGCAAAUUUUCAUCAUGUCAGGCUGCACUCUUCCCUUUUUGUAUUUUUACAGGGUGAAGUAGAGUGCGUAUAUUCAUUUUUGGUUAUUGAGUGGGUUACAGUAGUGUUCUCCUGCAAUUUUUAUGACAUAUAUUGAUUGCAAGAUAUUUCCUCAAUGGGGGGAGCUUGUUCUAGGAAGCAAAAUCGAGACAGUGAAGAUAAAAGUGGGAGUUUGAAACGGUUGAAUUUAUCAUUUUCUCAUCCGUCUAUGGAUUAUCAUUCACAGAAAGGGGAAUGUCCAUCAUUGUUGGACUUAUGUGUCCGGAAAAUAUGCGAGGAGAUUCACAAGCAUAGCACAUUUUCUUCGAUCCCACGGGACCUAAGUCAACAAAUUCUUAAUGAAUUGGUGUAUUCCCAACGUCUGAGUAGUGCUUCUUUCAAGGCUUUUCAAGAUUGUUCUCUCCAGGAUUUCUACUUGGGAGAAUAUCCUGGUGUGAAUGACAGUUGGAUGCAAAUUAUCUCAUCGCAAGGGUCAUCUUUACUAUCUUUGGAUCUUUCUGGGUCUGAUGUCACUGAUUAUGGGCUGGCUUAUCUCAAAGAUUGCACAAAUCUUUUAACCUUGAAUCUUAAUCACUGUGACCAGAUUUCAGACCAUGGUCUGGAGUAUAUCAAUGGUCUGUCAAACUUGACAAGUUUGAGUUUUAGAAGAAACAAUGCCAUUUCUGCGGAAGGAGUAAGUUCAUUUUCUGGUCUUGUUAACUUGGUUAAGUUGGAUUUGGAGAAAUGUCCUGGGAUUCAUGGAGGCCUUGUUCAUCUUCAAGGUUUAACCAAGCUGGAAUCUCUAAAUAUGAAGUGGUGUAACUGCAUAACAGAUGCUGACAUGAAGCCUUUAUCAGAGAUGACAAACUUGAAGAGUCUAGAGAUUUCAUGCAGUAAAGUGACAGAUUUUGGCGUCACUUUCUUGAAAGGAUUACAAAAGCUUGUUCAGUUAAAUUUGGAAGGAUGCCUUGUUACAGCUGCAUGCUUGGAUUCUCUAGCAGAGCUUCCUGCCCUGUCAAACUUGAAUCUCAAUAGAUGUAAUCUUUCAGAUGAUGGAUGUGAAAAAUUUUCAAGACUGCAAAAUUUGAAAGUGCUAAACUUGGGAUCCAACAAUGAGAUAACGGAUGCUUGUUUAGCAUACUUAAAAGGAUUGACAAAAUUAGAGAGCUUGAACCUAGAUUCAUGUAGGAUUGGUGAUGAAGGGCUGAUCAAUCUGGCGGGCCUUCGGCAGUUGAAAUGCUUGGAAUUGUCUGAUACAGAAGUUGGUAACAGUGGGCUCCACCAUAUAUCAGGAUUGUCUAGUCUGGAGAAGGUAAACCUGUCUUUCACUAUGAUAAGUGAUGGCGGUUUAAGGAAAUUGUCUGGACUCUCAUCUCUGAAGUCACUUAAUUUGGAUGCUCGCCAAAUAACUGAUGCUGGACUAGCAGCCCUUACAAGUUUGACUGGGCUUAUUGAGCUGGAUUUGUUUGGUGCACGAAUCACAGAUUCUGGAACGAACUACUUAAGAAACUUUAAGAACCUGAGGUCGCUGGAAAUAUGUGGUGGAGGAUUGACUGAUGAUGGUGUCAAAAAUAUCAAAGAGCUUUCAUCUCUGAUGUGCUUGAAUUUAUCACAGAACUGUAGCCUUACGGACACAUCCCUGCAGUUAAUUUCUGGCCUCACUAAGCUGAUCUCUUUGAACGUAUCCAAUUCUCAUGUGACCAAUGCGGGUCUGCAGCAUCUGAAAACGCUAAAAAGUUUGAGAUCUCUGACAUUGGAGUCCUGCAAGGUGACAGCGAAUGACAUUAGGAAACUUAAAUCAGACCUCCCUAAUCUGGUUAACUUUCGGCCAGAAUAGCUAGUGAGGUAUUCUACUCUAUUCUACUACUUUUGUACAUAUGUUCUCCUCCUGGAGUUGUAAAUAACUUUUACUUUGUGGUAGCAUGACAUUAUAAUAAUGUACAUAAUUUGUUUGGCCAGGUUUGGUCAUUUGGUUAGUUAAGAAGGUAUCCUAAGUAUUUGAUGUAUUGAUAUGACAAAUAUGGAAAGUAGACAAGCCAAGAUUGUACAUAAAACUGAUUGGUGGCUGGUUGAUGGGAUGUGCGUGAAUAUGUGCAGUUGGCUUUCAUGUUAUUAUUAUGAUAUGGAAGUUCACAUGAUUUACUCGGCAAAA